UGGGAAAGGCGAACUGAUAGCUAAGGCGGGACUACGAAUCCCAGCAAGCAGUGCGUGACGCGCGGACGCAGGAGGAGGAGCCCGGAGCUAUAGCCACCUGGGAGACAGGAGUGUGACAAGACACUUAUCAAGUAAGAAAACAGCUUUAUCCACUUAAUGCAUUGUGCUUAGCAUCAAGUUGGACUACCACUUCAGUGACCUGAGAGGCUAGUCAAGCAAAACAGUGGGAGAUGAGAAGGAACAGAGAAAUCUGUGUCUGUUGUCCAGGAUGGAGUGCAGUGUCGUGAUCACGGCUCACUGCAGCCUUGAACUCCUGGGCUCAGGCAGCAAAGCACCUGCUCUGAGUGGCCAUGGGGAAGCGAUAUUUCUGUGACUACUGUGACCGCUCCUUCCAGGACAACCUCCACAACCGAAAGAAGCACCUGAACGGGCUGCAGCACCUCAAGGCCAAGAAGGUCUGGUACGACAUGUUCCGAGAUGCAGCUGCCAUCUUGCUGGAUGAGCAGAACAAGCGGCCCUGCCGGAAGUUUCUACUAACAGGCCAGUGCGACUUUGGCUCCAACUGCAGAUUUUCCCACAUGUCAGAGCAAGACCUGCAGGAGCUGAGCAUCCAGGUGGAGGAGGAGAGGCGAGCCAGGGAGUGGCUGCUAGAUGCUCCCGAGCUCCCCGAGGGCCAUCUGGAGGACUGGCUGGAGAAGAGAGCCAAGCGGCUGAGCUCAGCUCCGAGUAGCAGGGCUGAACCCAUCAGAACUACUGUCUUUCAGUACCCUGUGGGCUGGCCACCAGUCCAGGAGCUGCCCCCAUCCCUGCGGGCACCCCCACCAGGGGGUUGGCCCCUGCAGCCCAGAGUCCAAUGGGGCUGAGCCCCUCGCCCCCAACUGACCCCCACGUGCUUACUUCUCAUCAGUCACAAUAGGAAGCCAAGCCCUGUUCCUGCUAUGCCCCACGGAGGCUCUGAGACCAUCGGCCUGGCCUCACAGGCUCAGGACGUGCCCAUGCCAAAUCCAGCCCUGGUCCUGGGUCUAUGCCAGGGAGCCCCCGACUCACUCUCUUCCAGCCACCCCCCUCCUUCCUUCUUAAGAAGCUGAGGGAGAAAACUUCUAGAUGUUUAUAAAGAAAAUCUGUCACCACGA